AUGUAUCCCAAUAUUCAGACUCAUUCUCAGAGUGUUCCGAAUAUUGGCAAAAGUAUGCAGAAUAGCUUACAAUUUCAAGCGUUAGGCUUGACUUCUACGAACAGAAUAAGUGUAUGGGACCAGCCAGAAACAAAUUUAUUCGGUGAUUUAGCUAUGCAAAGAAACUUACGGAAUGAACCAGAGACUCAAUCAUCGAAUAAUCUAAUUAACAGCAGCAGUAACUGGAACCCAAUAGAAUUUUCUUCGUCCAGUAAUGGUCUUCAUCGUACCAAUGUAUGGGAUGAAGCAUGGAUCCACUCUCACAAUAUCUCAUCCAAUAACAAAAGUGGCCAAUAUGAUAACUUAAAUGGCAAUCGGAGUUACUCAAAUGGUGCAGCCAUGAAGCUGAAUCAAACAAACAAAAUAGGAGCUUCUAGUCCUGAACUAGAUAACGUUGAAUCAGAUCAAAUACUGGCAACUAAAUGUAUAAACUCUCGUCGAAGAAUGAUUGGCUUUUUCAUUGUUGCUACAUGUUUAUUCGUAAGUAUUGUACUCGGUACCGUUCUCGGAAUCUUAAUUUACAUACCAACCGGCGCUAUAGCAAGCACACAAACAACAAUAACAACUACUUCAGCAACUACAACGACAAGUACCACUAGCACUACAAGUGAAACUACUAUAACAACUACGGCAUUGGUUCCGCAAUCAUGUACUGUUGGAAGUCCAACGAUGUUACUCAAUUUAUACAAUCCUGGUCAGUUUUCGUAUACUUACUACAAUUACUUGUACACACCAACAACACAACAAGCAACAAUAAUGGUUGAACUAGAACAAGAUCCAAGUGUUAUGUAUAUUGAUGGUGUGUCAGUUGUCGAUGCAUCUAGCCAACAGCUCCUAACAAAUGGCGGUUUUGAAACUGGCAGUCUUGCACCCUGGCAACAUGGCACUGUAAGUGGUGGCGGCGUUUCAAGCGGAUGCGGCUACUCUGGUACAUACUGUUAUUCGGAUGCAAUCGUUAGCCAAACAGAUAAUAUACAUCAGACAUUUUCAUCAGUAUCAGGAAGCACAGUAAACGUUUCAUUCUAUUUGCAAAACAAUUCAGGAGGAUCCGUUAUCAUUGCGCGCGUCUGUAUUUAUCCGUAUUAA